AUGGAUCUAGAAAAUGAAGACCGCUGGUAUAUCGACUCCGAUGCCGAGACCGAUUCCACGGAGACAGCCUAUUUCAAGGAAAACAGUGGCUUUUCCCCAUCGUGUGGCCUCUGCAGGUUUAACUUUAGUAUUGAUGACAGCGUUGUCGUUUUCAAAGAAAAGUGUGAACCGUGGACGACCACCUACUCAGAACCUGAAAUCUGGUGGACCAUUCACUAUUCCAAACACACCUUCCAUGCCGAAUGUGUCGACCUGGCACCCGAUUUAAUGUCCGAUCAGCGGCUGGAUCCCGACAUUUACAAUGCGACUAUCCUUGAACCUUUGCAGGAAGGCCGACAUCCCCUCCCUUCAAUCCAGACACGGCGUCUGAAAUGGCUGAAAAAGACAUUUUCAGAACAACUUUUUCAGACUAUCAAAAACCGCCUGCCACUUGAAGUGUGCGAAAACAUUGCCCGAUAUUGUCUUCAGGAACGAGCGGUCCAGGUCGUUCGACACCACUGGCUCAGAAAAGACCGACCCAAGCCAGGUCGCAUCUCCGUGGCUAUCAGAGAGGGUAAGCCUCUUUGGGCUCAGUAUGUGGAGUUUGAAGGGAUUCGCUAUGUCAAAUCCCUCUCUUACCAGUCUCUUGGUGGUGAUGAGUCUCAGAUUCUGUCAAACCCAGACUCUGACUGCAAUGUGAAUAUCUUCAUUGCGCAUAAUUACCUCUGA